AAAAAGUUCACAAGCCCAGAACAAAUUACUUGUCAGCUGACUAUCGACUCUCCCAUCGAAUCAUCGAGUGGAAUACAUUACCUCGGCACGUGGUUGAGGCUCAAUCCGUCGACUCUUUCAAAAGAAAGUUGGAUCAACUAAGAGGCCAUCAUUGCCCGUACUAACACAGGCCAUCAAGCCUCCUUUCCUCUCCAAACUGAAACUGAGACUGAAAGUGCACGCAACCUCCUUCUGUGGUCUUUAACGAUUUAGAUUGGUGACAAUGGUAUCUUGUUAGUUCAGUUAUUCUGCUCAUCUGUUCCGUCAAAAUACGUGUUAUUGUCUCUGUGGACGGAUUCUAUAAUGUAUAGAAAGGCUGGGAUCGCAUCGAUUAAAAGCAAAUCGCUUGCUCAGUCGAAGUACAAAGAAAAAAGUGACGAGUUAGCAGGAAAUCAGAUAACAACACUAUCACGACAGUUUGAACAAGUUCGUCAGUCGCUUGAAUUAUUUGCGAGCAAACACGGGAACAAGAUUAAAGAGGAUCCACAGUUACGUUCACAAUUUCAAGCAAUGUGUAGUAGUAUUGGUGUUGACCCUAUAGCAUACAGUCGUGGGUGUUGGUCAGAAGCAUUAGGUUUGGGAGAAUUUUACUACCAUCUAGGUGUGAAAAUUAUUGAGGUAUGCAUGGCUAACCAAAAACACACUGGAGGCAUUAUACCUCUGCAUGAAUUGGUAUAUCUAUUAAACAAAAACAGAACACGAUAUGAGUCUGAAGUUAGUGCUGAUGACGUAAAAAGGUCUAUCAGAAAACUGCGUUGUCUAGGAACAGGGUUCAGUCUCAUUAGUCUAUCAGGUGGUCGGUUAUUGGUCCAGUCGGUUCCAGGUGAAAUGAAUAUGGAUCAAACUUUGGUGUUGGGGCUCGCAGAAAGUUCUGAUAGUCAUGUAACAGCAUCAGCCGUAAUAGAUAAAUUUGAUUGGACUAAAGAUCGUACAGACGCUGCCUUUCGCCAUUUAAUGCAAGAAGGUAUUGCAUGGGUUGAUGAUUUAGAUCCUUGUGGUGAAAGAGUAUUUUGGUUUCCUAGCUUAAUGGGCUCAAUAAUUACAUCAUAAAUGUAUACUUAAUGAUGUUAUACUGCUUUCAUUCCCUGUUUAUUUAUUUUAUGAAAACCAAGGGACUUUCAUCAGCCAUUAUUUUCUACAUUAUGAACCAAAAAAUCUAAUCGUUCAUUGUUUAUCAGUACCAUAAACAAAGUUUACAUCUUUAAACCAACAAACAGUAAUUUAAAAUGACAUACCAGUUGACACUGUAGUGGCUCAAAGAAUCAAGGCCAUGCUGAAGAGUAUGUUUGAUUUUGCUUUUUAGCGUCGUUGUGAUAAUCGUUUUUUCAUCCCUGUGAAAUUUCGUUAUUUUAUGUGACGCAUUAAGUGUUUCUCAUCGUUCUUAUGUUAGUGUGUACUUUCUAGCUUGUUAACAUUUUCUGUAUUAUAAAACAUCAAUCCAUUUUC